AGAACUCUCUCGAAGAAAAGAAAGAAAAUCCAUCUUACCUGCAUUCAUCCAUCUCAUUCCUGUGAUAACCCUAUUUCCAGAAGAGAAAUUGAGCCAUGGUUUUAUCUGAGGUAUUUCUGUCUGCCUUCCUUCAAUUGCUGUUUGACAGACUGGCGUCCAGGGAGUUGAUGAAUUUUGCUCAGCGGGAGGGAGUACCGUCAAAGCUAAAAAAGUGGGAAAAAACGUUGAAGAUGAUUGAAGCUGUGCUUAACGAUGCAGAGGAAAAGCAACUGACUGAUGGGGCCGUGAAAAUGUGGUUGGAUGAUCUCCAAGACUUGGCUUAUGAUGUGGAGGACAUUCUGGAGGAGUUCGCUACAGAAGUAGUACGGUGCAAGUUGGAGGAGGAGGAUCAGGCUAGCACUAGUAAGGCUCAGAGCCUCAUCCCUUCUUGCCUCGGUGCUUGGAGACCAAGUGCUUUUAAGUUCAAUACUAGGAUACGGUCCAAGAUAAAAGAUAUCACUCGCCGGAUGCAGGAUCUCUGUAAACAAAGAAAUGAUCUUGGAUUGGAGAAGAUUGCUGGAGGGCCAUCAAUUCCUGCUGAAUGGCAAAGACCACCACCCACGACAAGUUUGCCAAUCGAAUCGGCUGUUUAUGGGAGAGAAGAAGAUAAAGCCAGAAUAAUCAAAAUCAUGUCAACUGCUGAAUCGGGUUAUGCCAACUUUCUUGUGAUUCCCAUUGUUGGUAUGGGAGGCAUCGGUAAAACAACUCUUGCUCAGCAUGUGUUCAACGACAAGGCAAUGGAAGAUUUCAAGUUCGACAAAAAGGCAUGGGUUUGUGUUUCUAGUGACUUUGAUAUUUUGAGAAUCUCAAAAGCAAUUAUGGAGUCUUUCACUUUCUCUUCCUGUGAUUUAAAGGAUUUAAAUCCUGUACAGCUUCAACUAAAAGAGGCAGUAUCUGGUAAAAAAUUCUUACUGGUUUUAGAUGAUGUUUGGAGCACUAAUUAUGGCUUGUGGGAAACAUUAAAAUCUCCCUUCAUGGCUGGAGCUUCAGGAAGUAUAAUAAUUGUGACAACACGCAAUGAAAAUGUUGCAAAGACUAUAGCGCCUGGUGUAUACAACUUAAAGCUUCUAUCGGAUUAUGAUUGUUGGUCCGUGUUCGUGAAGCAUGCAUUUGACGACAGAGAUCUUGGUGCGCGCAGAAAUGUGGAAAUGAUCCGUCAAAAAGUGAUCGAAAAGUGCAGAGGCUUGCCAUUGGCAGCAAGGACUCUUGGCGGACUUCUACACUCCAAGACAAGAGAUGAUGAAUGGGACAACAUACUGAACAGCAAAAUUUGGGAUUUACCAAAUGAAAAUGAGAUCCUACCGGUGUUAAUGUUAAGCUAUCAUCAUCUUCCUUCACAUGAGAAGAGAUGUUUUGCUUAUUGCGCAAUUUUGCCAAAAGGUUAUGAAUUUGAAGAAAAAGAACUUGUCCUUCUAUGGAUGGCAGAAGGUCUUAUUAGAGAAUCCAGAAGUAACAGGCAAUUAGAAGACUUGGGCAGUGAGUAUUUUCGUGAUCUAGUAUCAAGGUCAAUUUUUCAACGAUCAAGUAGUAAUAAUUCUAAGUUUUUAAUGCAUGACCUUGUCAACGAUCUGGCUCAAUGGGUUUCGGAAGAAUCAAGUUUUAGGCUGGACGAUGUAAUGGCCCAGAAUAAACAAUUGAAAAGUGCUGAAAGGGUGCGCCAUUCUUCUUAUAUUUCUCAUACUCUUGAUGGCAAAAAUAAAUUUGAGAUCUUCCAUAAACUUGAGAACUUAAGAACAUUCCUGCCUAUUGUCUUAUUAAUUGACGACGAUGAGGAUGAUGAAGACAAUUAUUAUUAUAUAUCACAUAUGGUGCUUUCUGAUUUGUUGUUAAAGUUCAAAAAAUUAAGGGUGCUAUCUUUAAGAAGGUAUUAUAUCACGGAGAUACCUGAUUCAAUCAAAGUUUUGAAGCAUCUAAGGUACCUCAAUCUUUCUCAUACUCAGAUUAGAAAUUUGCCAGAAUCAACAUGUUCAUUGCUCAACUUGCAAAGUUUAAUAUUACGAAAUUGUUUUCGUCUUUUGAGGUUGCCUCUCAAUAUGAGAAAUUUGAUCAGUCUACGCCAUCUUGAUAUUAGAGGUGUAAAUUUACUGAAAAAUAUGCCAUUGGGAAUGAAAGAAUUGAGAUGUCUUCGUACUUUGUCUAAUUUUAUUGUGGGCAAAGACACUGGAUCCAGAUUGAAAGAUUUGAAAGAUCUCAAGUUUCUCCAAGGAGAACUUUGCAUUUCAAGAUUAGAGAAUGUUAAUGAACAAGAUAUCGGAGAGACCAUUUUAAGAGAUAAAAAAGACCUAGAAAUGUUGUCUUUGAAAUGGCGCUCUCAAUCUGAUAACUCAAGCAAUAAGGCAGCAGAGGAAAAUGUACUUGAUAUGCUUCGACCUCAUGGAAAUAUAAAAGGACUCAUAAUCAAUGGCUAUGGUGGCAAGAGAUUUCCAUCUUGGAUAGGAGAUUCAUCUUUCUCCAACUUGGUGGUUCUAAGAUUGGAAAGUUGUGCAGGGUGUUCAUCAUUACCUCCUCUAGGACAACUAAGCUCACUCAAAGAUCUCACCAUCAGAAGGAUGACAGAAAUAAAAAACAUAGGUUCCGAGAUUUUUGGAGAGAAAUGCUCAGAGGCUUUUAAAUCAUUAGAGACUCUUUCUUUCGAGGAUUUGCAAGAAUGGAUGCACUGGAACCUAAUCCAAGAAAGUGAGAAUGUUGAAAUUUUUCCUCAGCUCCUCAAGCUUUCAAUUGUCAAAUGCCCCAAACUCAUUGGAAGAUUACCAGACAAGCUUCCUUCGUUGGUGGAGCUUGAAAUUCACGAAUGUUCGCAGUUGGUAGUUUCAUGCCCAAGCCUUCCUACAGGCAGUAAUAAUCCAGCUGACUCCAAUUCACAGAAUGCUUCGACUCCUGAAAAUUUUUCAGAGUUUGACAAUUGGUUACAGCAAGGGUAUCAGAAAUUACAACGAUUAAGUAUCGUUAAUUGUGAGAAACUCGCCUCUUUGUGGCAUAAUGAGAUUUCUCUUGAGACGCCACCACUAGGGUUGCAAACCUGCAACUCCUUCAAGUCACUACGUAUUCAAGAUUUCCCAACUCUUGUUUCGUUUCCAGAGGUCGGCAAUUUUCCCUCUCUAAGGAUGCUUGAGAUUGUAACUGGCGAUUUUCUGUCAACCUUAACACAGGAAAUAAAGCAUGGCAAUAUAUGUCCUGAACGGUUGCGAAUCGAAGGUCGUCACUCUAUAACAUUCAUUGAAAAAGGGCGUCUUCCUCCAUCUCUAAAAUCGCUUGAAAUAAUAAAUUGUGAGAAACUGGAGGUUUUGUUUGAUGAUAUAGAGGAUACUUUUUCUCUUGAGUCCUUGUGUGUCGAGAAUUGUCCAUCUUUGACCUGUUUGUCAUCAAGAGGCCAAUUACCUGACAAGCUCAAACAUCUCGAAAUUCGGAACUGCUCAAACCUCACAACUUUUUCAUUAACUGGAGAGUUACCUUUGUCACUCACAAAUCUCAAAAUCUGGGAUUGCUCAAAGCUAGAGUCGAUAGCAGAGAAGUUCGGAAAUAACAUGUCUCUUAGAUCAAUUCGUAUCAAGAGAUGUGAGAAUCUUAACUCCUUGCCUGAGGGUCUGCACAAUCUUAACUGUCUUUACGAGAUUGAUUUGUCAGACUGUCCAAAUCUUGUUUCCUUCCCGGAAGGAGGGCUUCCCAACAACAAUUUAACUGAGGUGUCCUUCAGUAGAUGUGAGAAACUUGAGGGCCCGCCCAACCACAGUCAAAGUCUCGGCCGUCUCCAAUAUUUGAUAAUCGAAGAUUGUCCAAGUGUCAGAUCAUUUCCAGUAGAAGGUUGUCCUACCAGCCUAAUAGGACUUUCAGUUUUGAAUAAUCUUGAAAUUUAUAAGUCCCUGAGGGAGUGGGGGUUUCACAAGUUCAUCUCCCUUUCUUACCUGGAGAUUUGUGGAUGUUCAGAUGUAGUUUGUUUUCCACAGGAGGAGAUGGGAAUGAUGCUCCCAAGCUCUCUAACUGACCUGAUCAUUUCUAAAUUUCCGCAGUUGAAAUCUUUAUCUUCCAAGGGUUUUCAGGAAUUACUGUCUCUUGAAACUUUGGAGAUCAAGGAUUGCCCAAGGCUCAUAUCUUUCCCAGAGGAAGGCCUGCCAUCUUCACUUUUGCAGUUAUACAUAUAUUCCUGUCCUCUCCUGGAAAAACAAUGUAGAAGAGAUAAAGGACGAGAGUGGUCUAAGAUAGCUGACAUUCCGUGUGUUGAAAUAAAUGGAAGAUUUAUCUACAAUCCAGAGGAGGAAGAAUGAACUCAGAAAAAUAGUACAGGAAGCAACUGAAAUCUGAAUUGAUCUAUCAUCAAUACACCAAGUGCAAGGUAAGCUUCUGAAGAGUACUGCUACACUUACCAAAUCUUAUACCCCCAUUCUCUAUCAUAAAUGUUAAUUAGUACUUCUAUACAUUAUAAAUAUUUUCACGCUUUGAGUUUGAUGCAGUUAUCUUAGUGAUUGAUCUGCUUUCCAGAUGAGGCUGUUAAGCUCAUAGUAGUUUCGAUUUCAGGAAAAGUUAUCUGCUGUGCUGAGACUGCAGUUGCUUAUCCAAUGUCCUUCAACCUGAUUUUUCUGUGUUUGGUAUUCAGAAUUCACUGAGCGCAUUGAAUAUUUUGGGCUCUAAUUUUACUAU